AUGGUCCAAGCAACUGGCGAAGAGCGCGCUGCACACCUGGCACGGGAGGCUGUUGAGUUGGUUGAUGCUGGCCACCGCGAGGCCGCUUCACGAAACCUCCGAGAAGCCCUUUCCAUUGCUCCCGAAAACUCCGAAGUCAAAGCCGCUUUCCUCAAAAUCCAACAGGAAGAGGAAAACGACCAUCAGCUGCUAAACCUUUGCCGUCGUUACACCACCCGUCAAGAUGACUCCGCCGGGAAGGAGGCCGCUGCUUUUCUUCGCACGGAUGGCCUGAAACCACCCGAGAAUGUGGCGCUGGAGUCGCUGAAGCUGUUGCUGGCAGAGCCGGCACAUGCCCUUACUGACAUGCAGGAUGAGAUCAUCUCCGGGCUCGUGCGACAAAGCGUCAGUGUUCGACAAUACUUUUCCACUCAGCUUCAGAUUUCCGUGACCACUUUUUUCGAUGAGAUCUACGAUCGCGGUGACGGUGCCGCCGUCUGUUUGGAUACCGUCGUGCUUGAUCCCACCGUAUGGCCGUCCGAGAGUACGCGGACGCACUGUGAGGAUGAGCUGUUCCAACUGUUUCUUGCCAAACUGAUGGAGUCGGGCCACGAUCUGGACGGCCGUUCUCUGAAGGGAAUUACAAGAUUACUCGCGGUUGACGCGGAGCGACUGCAGAAUCUCAUCGACGACGAGGGAUUCGAGGUGAUCUUGACUUCACUGGACAAUCGAUUGCCACUGGAAGUGCGCAGUCAGGCAACUCUGGCCACUGCAAAGUACCUGGAAGUUUCCCAAGAUGCGGGCGCAAAGAAAUUCUCCGCCUUGAUUGCGGCCAUGAUUGCCAAGGGUCGUCUGGACGAUCUCAUCAUUGCAUUUUCGGCCGUUGCUGCCGUCUUCCCCGUGGCACCGGCCGCGGCCGCCAGUGUUUUUCUGUCUGACGAAUUGAUGAAUGCCCUGACUCCCCUCGCGACGCGAGAGGCGAAACGCCGAAAGGUGGAGAUCUCCGUUUUGGAUCUCUUGAAUGCAGCAUGCAUCAACCGCCCUUCCCGCGAGGCAAUUUCCAAGAACUUCUCAGAGUGGCUCUCCCACACCCUGACAAACGGUAGCGACGAAGGCUCCGAAUUGGCGGCCGUGGUGCUGGCGAAGAUCCGGGCAUCCGAGACAACUAAGCCCGAGGAAAACGGUAAGAUCCUGGAGGAAGACAGUGUCUCUGAGUUGGUGGAACGAUUCAAGGGACUGAUGUCUGAAUCCAAGGUCGAGAAUAUUUCGCACGCCAUUGAGGGACUGGCCUAUUCCUCCGUCAAGCCCUUUGUCAAGGAGCAAUUGGCUAAUGAUCCGACAUUCAUGCGGGACUUGGUCGCAGUCUUGAAGAAGCACACCGUCGAUUCUUCCCUGCUCUACGGUGGUCUCAUGGUCAUUUCCAAUCUCACAAAAUUCCUUCCCAACCUCUCCGAUGAACAGCAGAAAAUGGGCCAGUUGAAGGACUACGCGGAUGCCUCGGCGGGUAAAGCUAAAGCCAAGGCCAAUACCCCCGAUCCUCUAGAUCGAGAUGAGGCCGUGCUUAAUCGCUGUGGCUUUGUUAUCGAUGCCGGUGCCAUGUCUCUCCUAGUAGACUGUGGCCGACUUUCUACGCCCUCAAUUCACGAUCUGACGGCUAAAAUUGUUCUGGCCCUGGCGCGGGUUCAAAAAUCACGGGGUGUUCUCGCCCAACAGGGCGCAGUCAAGUUGUUGCUCAGCCUGGCGAUCCCUAAGCAAGGUAGUCCCGCCCUUCCAAACGAAACAACUCAAAAUGCAUCUCAUGCACUAGCCCGGAUCCUUAUCUCUGUCGAUCCUGCGCACGUCUUCCCCUCGUCCGGCUUCCCACAAAUCACAUCCGCCGUACGACCUUUGCUUUCCCUUUUGUCUUCAUCCGAGUCUGCCAGCUUUUCGGUGGAUCAGCCUCGUGAUCUGCUUCCCGUUUUCGAGAGCUUACUCGCUCUGACCAACCUGGCAUCUUACCCACAUGACGAAUCCCCGGCCGAACUUACAGUCCGGGAAGGAUGGGCCGCGGUGGAGGAUCUCCUCUUAUCCAGCAAUCCUCGUGUGCAGCGGGCUGCGUGCGAAUUGGUCUGCAACCUGAUGACCUGCGAGUCCGGAAUCGUGAAGUUCGCAGACGGUUCGAAGCGCGCAGCGCAGAGACUCCACAUCCUCCUUGCUCUGACCGAUGCCGAUGAUAUCCCGACUCGACGAGCCGCUGGUGGGGCUAUCGCUAUGCUCACAGAAUAUGAUGCGGCCGUGGCGGCUGUCCUGGACCGACAACGUGGUGUCGAUCUCCUGCUCGGUCUGUGCCAGGAAGAUGAUGAUUCGCUUGUUCACCGCGGCAUUGUAUGUGUGCGCAACCUGACCUUUGCGGCAUCCGGUGAGAUUGGUACUCGUGCCAAGGCCGCUGUUCGGGCGGCCGGUGGCAUCGAUAUCUUGACUGCAUGCCUCAAGGCGACUAAGAACCCAGCCGUGCUACAGGCUGGCGUGGAGGCAUUGAAGCCACUAGUUCAAGACCAGUAG